AUGCCUCCCGGACGCAAGCGCGCGUCCGCGCACGUCUUCACCAGCGAAGACGCCGAGCACGAGCGCGCGGAUGAGGCGAAAUACACGACGUAUUAUUGCAAAUUCUGCGGCCAACACGUCAUGACCUCAACCUGCGACGACCUCUCCGCGCUGCCGCGACGACGCACGGACGGCGCGCUGAUGCUCGACCUCGCGAAGCACCCCACGCGAAUCCUCGCCGCGCUCGACGCCGAAGUCGUCGCGGUGCGAGGGAGAGACGGGACGUACGAGAAGAGACAGAGGGCGCGGUGCGGGACGACGCCGGUGGGAUACCGGGACGCGUCUCGCGGCGCGAACGCGAGAGCGGACGAAAAGGGAGUGUUUUACAUACAUAAAGGCGCGCUGAGCGCGUUCGAUUACGAAAAAGAUCACGGCGCGAGCGCGGGAGAGGGAAUCGGGGACGACGCGCCGCCGCCGCCGUGCAUCAUAGCCGGCGCGGGCGGGGCGACGCAAAUCGAUUUAGAAAUUUCGCAACGCGCGGCGACGCACGCGGUGACGAAGAUUAGCGCGUCGUGCGUCUUCGUCGACGUCAUCGGACCCGCGCACGCGUGCGACGGGGAAUUAGUGGAGUUUUUGGCGCGGGUUUUAGGGUUGAGAUUGGCGCAGAUGAGCUUGUUACGCGGGCACAAGCAGACGUCGCGCACGCUGUUGGCCAAAGGGACGAGUCCGCGAGCCGCGCACGCGGCGUUGCGGAGCGCGUUGGAGGGCGAGCGCGUGCGCGCGUCCAAGAUCGCAAAGGGCAUGACUUGA